GCGGGGGACGGGCUGCGGGCGGUUGGUUGGAGCGUCGCGCAGUCGGGAGGUCCAGGAAAGUUUCUUUGGAGGUCCGGCCCGGAGCGGCCAUGUCCCACGGCCCCAAGCAGCCCGGCGCGGCCGCCGCGCCGACGGGCGGCAAGGCUCCGGGCCAGCAUGGGGGCUUCGUGGUGGCUGUCAAGCAAGAACGCGGCGAGGGUCCACGCGCCGGCGAGAAGGGGUCCCACGAGGAGGAGCCGGUGAAGAAACGCGGCUGGCCCAAGGGUAAGAAGCGGAAGAAGAUUCUGCCGAAUGGGCCCAAGGCACCGGUCACAGGCUACGUGCGCUUCCUGAACGAGCGGCGCGAGCAGAUCCGCACGCGCCACCCGGACCUGCCCUUUCCCGAGAUCACCAAGAUGCUGGGCGCCGAGUGGAGCAAGCUGCAGCCAACAGAGAAGCAGCGGUACCUGGACGAGGCGGAGAGAGAGAAGCAGCAGUACAUGAAGGAGCUUCGGGCAUACCAGCAGUCGGAAGCCUACAAGAUGUGCACGGAGAAGAUGCAGGAGAAGAAGAUCAAAAAAGAAGACUCGGGCCCAGGGCUCAUGAACACCCUCCUGAAUGGACACAAGGGUGGGGACUGCGACGGCUUCUCCACUUUCGACGUUCCCAUCUUCACUGAAGAGUUCUUGGACCAAAACAAAGCCCGCGAGGCAGAGCUGCGGCGCUUGCGGAAGAUGAACGUCGCCUUCGAGGAGCAGAACGCGGUGCUGCAGAGACACACGCAGAGUAUGAGCAGCGCGCGCGAGCGUCUGGAGCAGGAGCUGGCGCUGGAGGAGCGGCGGACGCUGGCGUUGCAGCAGCAGCUCCAGGCCGUGCGCCAGGCGCUCACCGCCAGCUUCGCCUCGCUGCCGGUGCCGGGCACCGGCGAGACGCCCACGCUAGGCACCCUGGACUUCUACAUGGCCCGGCUGCACGGCGCCAUCGAGCGCGAUCCCGCACAGCACGAGAAGCUUAUCAUCCGCAUCAAGGAAAUCCUGGCCCAGGUCGCCAGCGAGCACCUGUGAGGAGUGGGCGGGCCCACGAUGCAGAGGAGAAGCUGUGGGCGUGGCCCCGCCCCGUGGACGAGAGGCUGAGGGUCCACCCUUUGGGGCCUGGUCCCAUCCUGCACCUUGGGGGCUCCAGCCCCCCUAAAAUUAAAUUUCUGCAGCAUCCCUUUAGCUUUCAAUCACCCCAGCCCCCUGAACCCAGAAGAAACACUCGCCGCGACCGCACAACCGCGGGCACCCCUCCUCGGAGGAUAGCCGUGCACCAUGCGGCUCCCCCGUUAUCCCCGGGACCAGGACAGACGACCACCCCCAGCACACGGCAGGACCCCCCAGAUUACCCAGGUGUGUGCCCUGGGCCACACAGGCAGCUGCCCUGUGGGGACUUACCUGGGAUGGGUCCUCAAAUGCCUGCCCUCCAGAUGCGGGGGUGGUCUUGCCCAUCCUGCCCUCCUCCGGCCUUGGGACCCUCCUGGGUGCGGUCCCUUCCCACUGCUGGAUCCGGACUUUUUAAAUAAAUAGAAACGAAAUUUGUGUUUGCA